AUGCACGGCUGGUCCUCGAAAACCCUUCUAUCAGCAGGACGGUCAUUGGGUCAACACAGUCGAUUUAGAAUUGCCGGAGCCUUGCAACCUGAACGCCAUCAUAGCAUCGCUCCUCAGUCUUCAGAUGGAGCCAAGCGAAGUCGUGGCUUGAAAACACUUCAUUGGGGAACUCCAUCCGGAAAGGACAUAAAAAUUGAAAACAAAAUUGCUGCAUACUUGGCCAGUCCCGAAAGCGGAAGCAUCUCCCAUCGAAACUGCGGCCUUAUCUACGUUCCAAACGUGUUCGGCAUUUGGCAAACCAGCAAAUUGAUGGCUGAUGCUUUCGCUUCCAAAGGGUACCCCUGCUUGAUUUUGGAUAUCUUCAAUGGUGACCCAGUGCCGUUGAAGAUGCCUGAGAACUUCGAUCUGAAUGGGUGGAUAGCCCACGGCUCCGACGGAAACAAUCCUCAUACUGCGGAACAAAUUGAUCCAAUCAUCAUUGCCGGUAUCAAUUACAUGAAGGGCCUGGGGUUCAGCAAGAUCGGAGCUGCUGGUUACUGCUUUGGCGCCAAGUACGUCGUGCGAAAUUACAGCCAUGGGAUCCAAUGCGCCUUUUUGGCACAUCCCUCGUUUGUAGAAAACAGUGAAUUCGCGAGAAUCUCAGGCCCAUUGUCCAUUGCGGCAGCAGGGGUGGAUGAGUACUUCCCAAACCACAAGCGUCACGAGACGGAGGGGAUCUUGAAGACAACAGGUCAAGAAUAUCAGAUUAAUCUUUUUGGCGCUGUGGGGCACGGCUUUGCUGUCAGAGCUGACCCAGAAGAUAGGGCACAGAGGUUCGCCAAGGAGCAGGUGUUUAAUCAAGCCCUAGUUUGGUUCAAUCAUCACCUUGGAGAGGGUUGA